AUGGAUCAAAAUUUUCUUUUUCAUCUUUCACAACGUGAAAUGCUUGAUACAAUAUUUUUGGCAUUACAUGAUGAAAAUUAUCAAGUUAGAGAACAAGCUGUUGAAUUACUUGGAAAACUUUCGGAUUUAAACCCUUCUUUUGUUUUUUUAAAAUUUCGAAGAAUUUUACUUGAAAGUAUUUCACAAUUGGCAAAUUCUAAAACUUUAAAUAAUGAGGUACAAGGGGCAAGAAUGAUUGAACAUCUAGCUAGACAGGUUUAUAUUUUAUAUGUAGUAAUUUUUUAUAGGAAAAUUUAAUUUUGCUGGGCAACACUUGCGGACGCACAUUUGCGGACAUCCAUUAACAAGCUUCCUAUUUUCUGUGAUUAUUGAAGUUGUGUUUAGUGUACUAUACCACCAAAAGGGGAACCGAUAAGCCGUUUGUUCUAAUUCCAACAAGGCGCUGAUUUUUGUCCGCAAACGUUGGC